AUGUCCAGAGAAGCCUAUCAGGUUCCCUCGCUCACGCAGCAGGGCCCAACAUCCACAAGCACCACUGGCGCAGCCACCGGCAAUGAGGUCCUAUCAGUCGUCUACAUCUGCGGGGACUGCAGCUCGCGCGUCUCGAUGAAACGAAACGAUCAGAUCCGAUGCAAAGAGUGUGGCCAUCGAGUACUAUACAAGGAGAGAACUAAGAGAAUGGUACAAUUCCAAGCUCGAUAG